AUGGCUUUUAUGACUAAGAAGAGGAUAUUGACGAUCAGAUUUAUUGAGAUGAUUAUCCACAUCAAAGUACCUAAUGAAUGGGUUGAGGCUUGUAUUGAUUGGCUAAAAGAUGAACAUCAAAAUUCUGGAGAUCAUCUCAGUUUGGAUAAAAUGAAAAAACUUGUCUAUGAACAAUGGCUGGUAGCUGAUUUAAGUGAAUUAGGAAUGCAUUAUUUUCCUGCUGAAGUGGCUACUGCUGAAAAAUAUACUCUUUCUGGCCAUUAUUGUUUGCAGGUGAAUAGUAUGAUUGAUAUCAGUACGUCCUACUACUCUCAACAAGUAAAACUGAAGGGUAUAGAUACAAGUAAUAGUAGCAUUUCAUAUGAUGAGCACAAAAAGCCUACGUGGCAGCCUCCACACACUCGAAUGUUUAAACUUGAAUUGACAGAUGGAAUGACAAAGAUUCAUGCAAUGGAGUACAAUACAAUUCCAGAUCUGAAUCUUGAACUUAAACCUGGUUUUAAGGUUUUAAUUCAGGGUAAUGUUUUGUGCCGAAAAGGAAUACUAAUGCUAAAGAAGGAAAAUAUUCAAGUUCUUGGAGGAGAGGUUGAUUCUCUGAUGGAAACGAACACAACUCAAAGAUUACUUACCAAAGCUAUGGAAGAUAGUGCUGCUUAUGCUGGAGAGAGUAUGCGUUAUGAAUUCACAGCUGCUGAUGCUACACAAUAUGCCAGCAGAAUCAAUGCUACUUUUGUAAAGAAAGGAAAGGACUUACCUGGCAUUCACAACACCAAAACAAUUACUUCAGGAAAUUCUUCAAAAUUUGCCCAGAGAAAAAAUACUAGUUGGGAUUCCAAAAGUUCAUCUUGUAAAACAGAAUCCUGGAAACCAAAACUCAACAGUUGUGCAGAUACUUCAGUGCAGGGCAACACGGGUGUCGAUGAUUUUGAUGAUGAGUGGGCAGUAGAUGACUUAGAUGAUGAAUUCCUGGAUGAUGCUUUGAUGGCAGCUACACAGCAGUCUUCUUCACCAACAUUUACAGAGGAUUCUGGCAACAACUUUGGCCAACCAGAUCAGCAACAACAGAACAAGAAACGGAACUGUUCAGCUGCUAUAGCCUCGUCUUCUUCCUCCAGGAGUUGCCAGUUAUCAGGCUCUCUGGUUAGAACUGCUUCUCAGCCUGAUCAGUCAAUAAACCUGGACACAGACACUCAGUUGAAAUCUGAUAGUAUAACAAUUAAUUCAAGUACUGAUGAUCUUAUGAAAAAGUGGCUUAAACUUUGUAAGAAAAAAGCUGAGGAUCCAAAUGCUUAUUUUCAUCUGAUGAAAGUUGAGCCUCAUCGGUUGCCAUUCACUUACCUCUUUGUUUUGCAAGGAUGUCAGUUGCCUAAAAACUCAUCCAAAUUCCGUAUUAAAGCAUAUGUAUCCACACUGCUUGGGAAACUAGAACGAACCAAUAACAAAUGGAAACUGAUGUGUACAUUGAAUGAUGGAACAGGAACUCUACCAGUACAAUUGUCAGAUGAGGUUCUUACUCAACUGAUUGGAUACACUGUUCAACAGUCUAUUGAAAUGACAAGUGCGGGAACUGAUCCAAAUUUAAAGAAGAAACUUCAAGAGGGUGUGAAGCAGUGUCAGCUGAAGAUUGUGAAUCUCAACAAUAUAUUUGAAAUUGAAACAAACAAAAAUUAUUCUCAUCCUUUAGUAACCAAAAUAACUUAUAUUAAUGCGGGACAUAUUCAACAGUUACGACGACAAGUUACAAGUGCACUGGCAAAAGUCUGA